AUGAGUGCCACCGCCGAGCUCUCCAAGCAGCUCACCGACCUAUCCGACUCCCUUCGAACUACCAACACCCUCAUCAGCCGGCUAGCCAAGCUCCACUUCCAGCCAGGCUCAGAGCCUCUUGAAGGCGACAGCGGAGUCCGCGUUGAGCUAGCCCAGGACAUCCAUGAUAGUCUGAAGCAGCUGGAGGAAGAGCUUGAGUUUCUACGGCAGGAAGCAGAAGAAUACAAGUCAGAGGGGCAGAGGAGGAGAAAUAGUACCAGGGACGGCGAGGAAGCGCGCCUCACUGCCAAAGUAGCCAGGCUAGGGGAAGAGCUCAUACAUUCACGCCAGCAGUUCAGGAACGCCCAGAUCACCGCGAAAGUCGCCAGCGACGAAGCGAAGAGGAAGGAACGAGAAGCCGUCUUAGAAGGCUACAGGAAAGAGGCCGAGCAGAUAGCGGCAGCCAGUGAGACAACCAACGGAUCUACCGCCGGUGACAGGGAGCUGCUUUUCUCUCAAAGAGGCGGUGGGAGAAGGCAGCAGCAGCAGAAACAACUCACGAAGGACGAGGUCCUAGCCAACGCUUCCAGUGACGUUACUGCUGCGCUUCGAAGAACACACGACCUGUUAUCCACGGAGCUGUCACGAUCGAGGUUCGCCCAGGAAACAUUCGACGAGUCGACACAGGCCCUUGAGAAACUUGGAGAAGACUACGACAAUCUUGGCUCAGUUCUAAGCAAGGCCGGUGACUUGCUUAGCACUCUCGUCCGGAGCCAAAAGAGCGAUACUUGGUACCUCGAGACUACCCUUUACAUCGUCGCCACAGUACUUGUCUGGCUAGUCUUUCGACGUCUCAUCUACGGGCCUUUUAUCAAGCUUCCACUCUUCAUCUGGAGCUGGAUUAGCUUUGCUCUUUAUUGGGUCGUUGGGCGACCACUACUGCUCAUUUUCUCAGCCAUCGGUCUGGUGAAUAGUGGCCCAGCAUCGACAUCACUGGCACCGUCGGCUUCGAUAUCAUCCUCACGACCACCACUCAUUGUUCAACCAUCAGCAAAAGGUCGAGGCCAACCUCGUCCCAAAGACGCACCGAAGGGCGGAUUUCCCGUUGGCGCAGGUGGUGCUGGUGCAAAGCUAGGCAAAGAUCCAGCACUUCAAGGGCACAUGUCAGAGCAGGUUGGAAAAAUGGCAGAACAGAGCGCGCAACAAGACCGACAGCCGACCGUGCACAGUCGAGGAGAUGGAACCGUUCUGGAAGACCGAGAAGAUGUUCCCAAGAACCCAAAGAAGAAGAACUUCCAUGCCGACGUUGAGGAUGCAAAGCAGGAGCAGGGCCAGAGGAGGAAGAGGGAUGAGUUGUGA